AUGGCACCUAACGGGUCUACGAAACCUCUCACGCCGCGACCGAGCUCCAAAUCAAAUGUCCCAGGUUCAGUCAAGCAAAGUACAAAGAAAUCGACUGCCGCGAAGAUAUCUGCGAAAGCACCUACGAAGACGCCAGUAAAACCCAACACUAGCAUUCUGUCUUUUUUCAAAAAGGUUGAUUCGCCCUUGAAAGACGAUUCGAUCUUUAUAUCAGGACCCAAGUCGCAGCAAUUUACGCCAUUACCACGAUCCGCGCCCGAUUCCGAAGAUGAUGAAUUGGACGAUCUGUGUGGAAGUGGAGAUGGCGACAGAUACAACGAGGUUACGGCCCCAAAUAAGAAAAGAAAGGUUUCGAACGAGACCACACCAAUUGAGGAGAAGACGAAUGCUGCGAGCAUCGCCGAUGACACUGGACUUGGCAUGGACAUUGAUGCGGAUAAUCUUGCAGAAGCAGAAACAUGCACACCACCUCCAGCAGAACCUCAGACGGCAAAAGCUGAUCGGAAAGUCACUAAGAAACCAAAACGUCGUGGACCAUUUCUAUCAGAUUCAGAGAGCGACUAUGAGCAAGACAGUAAGCUAGCUCGUGAUGCUGCUGUUGUUGCUGAGAAAAGAGAGCUUCGAGCUAGGGUGUCGAAUCAGCCCGAGGAGCUGAAUGAAGUGGUUACAACAAAACCGAUCAAACAGAAAACAGUGAAGGAGAACAAACCAAUCGUACCUGAGGUGGAAAGCGUUGCACCGUUCAAUCCAAUUGAGUACAUACGUCGGAAAAAAGUCCCAAUUGCUGAAGCACAAGCGAAAUGGGAGGCUUUGCGACCAAAGAACUCGAGAUCACCCAGCGUUAGUAGUUCGAGUACGGAUGAGCCACCGGAUGUUGAAAGUUCAAGGCGGGAACAUCAGGUCGCAAAAACCAAAACUGUCGCUUUGCCUUUGCCCGCACGAAUGAAGAAAGAGGAGACCAACGAUGAGUGGGGUAAAUUUGAUGGCCUCGAUGAUUUUCAAGGGGAUAUGGACGAAUUUGCCGACGGUGAGGAGUUUCUGGAAAGAAAGUGGAUGGAAGAGCAAGCCAGACUUGAAGCUGAUGAAGGCGGCCUUGACGAGAAUCCCGAGACUUCUGGGGUAGGUUCACUCUCGAUUAACGAGGAGAUAGUCGCAGCUUGCCCAAUAUGUGAUGCUUCUCUGGGCACCUUUACCUCGGAUGAAGCAACUCGACAUGUAAAUGGGUGUUUAGAUGGUAAUCCCAUCUCAAUACCAGCUCCCCUCAAAAAAGAAGAAUCAGAGGUCAAAUUCAUGCCUGACGGUGCCAGAAAUCGAUUUGCAAGAAAGGCGGCCGUGGCAAGACCUGGCCAAGCAAAUCCUUUUGACACUGCAUCUACAUCAAAUUCUGGAUCUGCUUUCUCGAAAAUCAUGUCAGGUCAUGCAGAAGAUGCCGCUUGGGCGACCGCGGCAGCUGCAGAGAAUUCAUCAAGAGGAAAGCCAGCGUAUGAGAGAACUUGUCCGUUCUACAAAAUCAUGCCAGGCUUCUUCAUUUGUGUUGAUGCUUUUCGGUAUGGUGCUGUUCAAGGCUGCAAUGCUUACUUCCUAAGUCAUUUUCACAGCGAUCAUUACAUUGGCUUGUCAUCUUCCUGGUGCCACGGGCCAAUAUAUUGCAGCAAAGUCACAGCGAAUUUGGUAAAGCAACAACUACGUGUAGAUCCAAAAUGGGUUGUACCGUUGGACUUCGAGAAGAAAGUUGAGGUUCCAGGUACGCAAGGUGUAGAUAUUACCAUGAUUCCUGCCAAUCACUGUCCUGGCAGCAGCUUGUUCUUGUUCGAGAAAGUGAUUGGGAAGGGAAGCACACCAAAAGUACAGCGAGUUCUUCACUGCGGCGACUUUCGCGCUUGUCCUGCUCAUGUCUCUCACCCACUUCUUAUGCCCGAAAUUGUUGAUAGCAUCUCUGGUAAGACAAAACAUCAGAAGAUCGACGUUUGCUAUCUGGACACAACAUAUCUGAAUCCAAGAUAUGCUUUUCCUUGUCAAGAAGAUGUUAUCAAAGCUUGUGCAGACAUGUGUGUGUCUUUGAAGAAAGAGCGAGCCGAGGAGAGUGAUGCUUGGGAAAUAGCCAAACGAGAGCGAGCUGGGUCUGGUAUGGCCAAGUUCGUUAAUUCUACUUCAGCUAUCAAGGCCGAAGAUGACAGUAUUGCGAUGGAAAUUGGAAGCAGUAAAAGCGAGAAACCUCGUGGUCGACUGCUUGUCAUUUGUGGUACCUACAGUAUCGGCAAAGAACGUAUAUGUAUGGGUAUUGCUCGGGCACUGGAUUGUAAAAUUUGGGCACCACCAGGGAAAAUGCGGAUAUGUGCUGCUCUCGAGGAUCCGGAAUUGAUGAGUCGAAUGACAGACGAUCCAAAAGAGGCGCAGAUACACAUGCAAAUGUUGAUGGAGAUUCGAGCAGAGACUCUGCAGGAAUAUCUGAAUAGCUACAAACCACAUUUUAGUCGUGUUGUAGGAUUCAGACCUAGCGGAUGGAAUUAUCGACCUCCAAAUUCUAGAUUCACAGACUCCCCAAGCAUCUCCACAAUCAUCCAUUCUCCAAACUGGCAAUCGUCAUACACCCUCCGAGACCUCAUCCCUCAACGCGGCAGCACGCGCGAAGCAUCCUGUUUUGGCGUCCCGUAUAGUGAACAUUCUAGUUUCAGGGAGUUGACGAUGUUUGUGUGUUCGUUAAGGAUUGAGAAGGUGGUGCCAACGGUUAAUAUUGGGAGCGCGGCUACGAGGGCGAAGAUGAAGGCGUGGAUUGAGAGGUGGCUUGCUGAGAGGAGGAAGAAUGGGUGUAUCAAGGUUGGGGAUGGGGAGGGGGAGGUCAGGUGGUGA